UCCGAAUUUUCAGCCAAUCAUAUUGCUCCUAGCGAAAGCCGGUGUGUAGUCGUGUACAGUUUACACACGUAGCAGAUUUACAAUACAUAUUGUCAUUAGGGAAGAAAAAAGUGAAUUAUCUAAAUUAUUUUUAAGCCUUUUGUUCUGAAAAGGCAAACAGCAUGAAAAAAGCUCAAGGUACUUGGGGCCUACAAUGGCUCAUGCGUAUGUCACCAGAGAAACAGGACACACUUCUGAAAAUGGUCAUCCUCACUGUCGCAGCAGUAUUGUCCUUCUCCACUCGUCUCUUCUCUGUCCUGAGAUUUGAAAGUGUCAUUCAUGAGUUUGAUCCUUACUUCAACUACAGAACCACCAGGUUUUUGGCAGAGGAAGGCUUCUACAAUUUUCACAACUGGUUUGAUGACAGAGCUUGGUAUCCUCUGGGUAGGAUCAUUGGAGGCACCAUCUAUCCAGGCUUGAUGGUCACUUCAGCUGCCAUCUACCAUGCCAUGAACUUCUUCCACCUCACUAUUGAUGUCAGGAAUGUGUGUGUGUUUUUGGCUCCACUCUUUUCUAGUUUCACCACCAUUGUCACCUUUUAUUUCACUAAAGAGCUGAAGGAUGCCUCAGCUGGACUUUUAGCUGCCUCCAUGUUGGCCAUUGUGCCUGGCUACAUCUCACGUUCUGUUGCUGGCUCUUAUGAUAAUGAAGGCAUCGCCAUCUUCUGCAUGUUGCUCACCUAUGCAUUGUGGAUCAAGUCAGUGAAGACCGGUUCUAUCUUUUGGGGUGCUCUCUGCGCCCUGGCAUACUUUUACAUGGUUUCCUCUUGGGGAGGCUAUGUUUUCCUUAUCAACUUGAUUCCUCUUCAUGUCUUGAUGUUAAUGAUCACAGGAAGAUUUUCUCAUCGUAUCUAUGUAGCUUAUUCCACUGUUUACUGCCUAGGAACUAUACUCUCCAUGCAAAUCUCCUUUGUGGGUUUUCAACCAGUGCAGUCUAGUGAACAUAUGGCAGCUUUAGGUGUGUUUGGCUUGUGCCAGAUCCAUGCCUUUGUAGACUACCUUCGUUCCAAGAUGUCCAAAGAGCAAUUCAACCUUCUGUUCAAGAGCCUCGUCCUGCUGGUUGGCUCGGUGGUGUUUGCUGCUGCUGCCAUUGCCACUGCUCUAGGCAAAAUUGCACCAUGGACUGGACGUUUCUAUUCCCUGCUGGAUCCAUCCUAUGCCAAGAACAACAUCCCCAUUAUUGCCUCUGUCUCUGAGCACCAGCCUACAACCUGGAGCUCCUUUUAUUUUGACCUCCAGCUUCUGAUGUUCUUGUUUCCUGUAGGUCUGUACUACUGCUUCACCAAGUUGACAGACGCCAACAUUUUCAUCAUCAUGUAUGGAGUCACCAGCAUCUACUUUGCAGGUGUGAUGGUUCGUCUUAUGUUAGUUUUGGCCCCUGUAAUGUGCGUACUUGGAGGAAUCGGCAUGUCCGCAGUGUUGACCACCUACAUGAAAAACUUGGACAACCCCAUGAGGAAGGAGAAGAAAUCUGUGAAGAAAAUUGAAUCUAAUUAUCCCUUGAAGAAUGAGAUUGCUACUUGUGUUGUAUGUUUGCUGACUGUAUUCCUCUUGUACUACACAUACCAUUGCACAUGGGUUACUUCCGAGGCCUAUUCUUCACCUUCCAUCGUCCUUUCUGCCAGGGGUGGUGACGGCAGUAGAAUCAUCUUUGAUGACUUUAGGGAAGCUUAUUAUUGGCUGAGACACAACACACCAGAGGAUGCUAAAGUAAUGUCUUGGUGGGAUUAUGGUUACCAAAUAACAGCUAUGGCAAACAGAACUAUACUUGUAGAUAAUAACACGUGGAAUAAUACACAUAUUUCACGAGUUGGCCAGGCCAUGGCAUCUUCAGAAGAAAAAGCAUAUGAAAUAAUGAGAGAGCUAGAUGUGAACUAUGUGCUUGUUAUUUUUGGUGGCCUGACAGGCUACUCAUCAGAUGAUAUCAACAAAUUUUUGUGGAUGGUCCGUAUUGGUGGCAGCACUGACAGAGGCAGCCACAUCAAAGAGUGGGACUAUUACACUCCUCAAGGGGAGUUCAGGGUGGACAAAGAAGGCUCUCCUGUCCUCUUGAAUUGUCUGAUGUACAAGAUGUGCUACUACAGAUUUGGUUCUGUCUACACUGAAGGAGGUAAACCCACAGGUUACGACAGAGUGCGUAACACAGAAAUCGGCAACAAAGAUUUUGAGCUGGAUGUUUUAGAGGAAGCAUACACCACCGAGCAUUGGCUAGUUAGAAUUUAUAAAGUCAAAGAUUUAGAGAACAGGGGUAUUUAAAUGAAGCUGUGUGUACAUUUUGUCAUUGUAUUCAAACCUUAUUCUGAGUUUAUGUCUGCUGAUUUACUUCACACAUAUAUAUAUCAUCAUUGACAUAUUUUUAUCUGUUAAAUUGUUGACUGCUGAGUGUUUCAUGCAGGACAUCACAUUGAUGGUUAUUCUAAACAAUUUGUUGUGCAUUAAAUAACAGAUGUUGAACGUUAGUGGGGAAGAAAGAAAAAAAAUUGUUUUAAUGUAAAAAAAUUAACACUCGCUCUUUAAACUGUCAGCGUUCCCAACAGCUACUGCAAUUAUUAUAUUAUUUUCUCAUAGACCUAAACAUUCAUAGCUGAAAUAUGACGCCACAUAAUGUUUUUGUUAUUAUGUUGGUGCAACUAUUUUUGUUCAAUGCUUCUGUAGAAUAAUCACUCAAUUCAGUGUAAUAAAUGCACAAAUCUUGAAGUUUGGUUUUUAAAAGAAAAUUGUUGAACUCUUGUGUUUUUAAUGUUAUUGCUUACAACUUUGGUGUCAAAUUUCGGUGUCUGAGGUUAUAGAUGUGUGAGUGAUAGAGUUGAUAAUCUCUAGUUGUUUUAAAUCUGGUACAAAUGUUUAGGCUGUUUUAGAACCCCAAGGUUCAGUCAUGAACUACUUAUCCCUUCUAGUUUAUCAUUGGACCCCAGGGUACUAGUCUCACAAGUAGACCAUGACAAUAAAAUAAAGUAUUCUUGAGGGAAAACAAAAUGUUGCUCAGUUUUAUAGAGAUUGAUAAACUAUGUUUGCUGAAGACUAGAAAACUGUUAAUGAUGCCUGUGUUGAAGUCUCUCAUGCAGGCUUUCACACUCGUGUAGUUUUCUAUUUAAUGGAAUAUUUUGUUGUGUCACAAUAUAUAUAUAAACUGUAAUUGAUUUGCUCUCAAAUAAAAUCUUGGUCAAAGUU